GAGUAAAAUAGAGCCGUUUACUCUCUCUCUCUCUCUCUCUCUCACUCACUCAUCCGGUUCUUUUUCAAACGCGGAUACUCUUUUCUCUAUCUCUCAUCUCUCUGCCUGCCUCUGCGUCUUUGCUCUCUUUCUUCUUUCUUCCUUUCUGAUAAUGUAAAAAAGCACAGCAAAGCUCUCGUAAAAGUCGCUACAUGGCUUCGCCUUCGCCUUCUGUUGUUUCUGUGCUCUUCAUCUACAUUUCUCUCUUCACCGCCCUCUCUCUCGCUGAAGAUCCAUUCGUUAACUACGAUUUUGAGGUCUCUUACAUCACCGCUUCUCCGCUGGGUGUGCCCCAACAGGUUAUCGCCAUUAAUGGACAUUUUCCGGGGCCAACAAUUAAUGCGACUACGAACAACAAUGUGGUCAUCAAUGUACGGAACAAAUUGGAUGAGGAUCUUCUUAUGACUUGGGCUGGGAUUCAACAGAGACGAUGUUCUUGGCAAGACGGGGUACUGGGCACGAAUUGCCCCAUUCCUCCAAAGUGGAAUUGGACGUACCAAUUUCAAGUCAAGGAUCAGAUUGGGAGCUACUUCUACUUCCCGUCCCUUAAUUUUCAGCGAGCUUCCGGUGGGUUUGGUGGCUUUAUCAUUAACAACAGGCCUAUAAUCGCAAUUCCUUUUGAUACCCCAGAUGGUGAUAUCACGAUUUUGAUUGGUGAUUGGUACACCAGGAACCACACGGCUUUGAGGAAGGCCCUUAAUGCAGGGAAAGAUCUUGGGAUGCCAGAUGGGGUUCUUAUUAAUGGAAAAGGCCCUUACAGAUAUAAUAAUUCACUUGUUCCUGACGGCAUUGACUAUGAAACAAUUCAUGUUCACCCAGGUAAAACAUAUCGCAUCCGUGUACACAAUGUUGGAGCAUCAACAAGUUUGAACUUCAGAAUUCAGAACCAUAACUUGCUUCUAGCUGAAACAGAGGGAUCAUAUACAGUGCAGCAAAACUACACUAGCUUAGACAUUCACGUUGGACAAUCGUAUUCUUUCUUGGUAACCAUGGAUCAGAAUGCAAGUACGGAUUACUACAUUGUAGCAAGUGCCAGGUUUGUGAAUGAAUCACUCUGGAAAAGAGUUACUGGUGUUGCCAUCUUGCACUAUUCAAAUUCAAAAGGGAAGGCAUCCGGCCCCCUUCCAGACCCACCAAAUGAUGAAUUUGAUAAAACCUUCUCCAUGAACCAGGCCAGAUCCAUCAGGUGGAAUGUAUCUGCCAGUGGCGCUCGUCCCAAUCCACAAGGCUCCUUUAGAUAUGGCUCAAUUAAUGUGACUGACCUUUAUGUCUUAAAAAACAAGCCACCAGUGACGAUCAAUGGGAAACAGCGGACGACACUUAGUGGAAUAUCAUUUGUCAAUCCUGCCACCCCAAUCAGGCUUGCUGACCAUUUCAAAUUGAAGGGAGUGUACAAGCUCGAUUUCCCCAAUAAGCCAAUCACAGGACCACCUAAGAUGGCAACAUCAGUAAUCAAUGGUACAUAUAAGGGAUUUAUGGAAAUUAUACUGCAAAAUAAUAACACCAAGGUGCAGACAUAUCACUUGGAUGGCUAUGCCUUUUUUGUGGUCGGGAUGGAUUAUGGUGAGUGGACAGAGAAUAGCAGGGGCACAUACAACAAGUGGGAUGGUAUUGCUCGCACCACAACUCAGGUUUUCCCUGGGGCAUGGACAGCAAUUUUAAUCUCCCUUGACAAUGUUGGAAUUUGGAAUUUGAGAACAGAAAACCUAGACUCGUGGUAUCUCGGUCAAGAAACGUACGUCCGGGUUGUCAAUCCAGAGCCCAAUAACAAAACUGAGUUUCCCAUACCAGACAAUGCUCUCUUCUGUGGUUCCCUAAGCAAAAUGCAGAAGCCUCAAGAUAUCUCUCUGGCAACAUCAAUUAUGGGUAACAACAGAUCAAAUCUGUUCUUCAGUUUGGUGGUGAUGAUAUGUGUUGCUGUAAUUUCUAGUUUCCGCUAAACUUCUCCUACUUGGAUUGUUGCUUGGGGUGGGAGACUGGCUUGCUGGCUGAGGUGUGAAAUUCUAGGAUUGUCGAUAUGAAUUUUCAGUAAUCUUUAAAGGAUUUUUUUUGAUUUGCAGAGUACCUUGUUGAUCCAUGUUUAAUUUAUUGGGACUUGCCAUUCUUUUAUAACCAAAAUUUUAUUUGUAUUAUGAUGAUAAUUCAUCAAUUUUCAAAUACAAUAUGACUACUUUCUUCUGGCUACAACUCUCUAUGUUUAUUAUU